GUGCUAUGCCAAGACGAUGAUAAUUUAUUUCCUCCAACUAUUCCUGCUGCCGUCCACGACCGCCACGGCAGGCGUAUUUGACCUUGCAGAGUACCGACGGGUCUCUUAUGACGCGAAUAUUGGCGAGAAUUUUCUUUGGUUCGCCCCGGAAUUGGAUAUUCGAAAAGUUACAGCCAGCAAUAUUGAUGAUCUCGAAAAGCGAAUUGUUAAUCGGAUUCCCGAUGACUCGACCGAGCAGAAUUUGAUGUUUGUGACGAGUAAAGGAGGGCAGAAGUUUGCAUGUUCUUUGCCAGAUGUGGAAGAUGUUAAGAAAGACAAACCAAAAAGCAGCAAGAAUCCGAAAAUCUAUGGAGACGCGCUCGCCGCAAGCUUUUACGUGGACAAAUGUGUGAAACUACGUGGUAAUCACUGGUGGUCUUAUAUUCUGUGCCGUGGACAGACAAUUGAGCAAGUGCACGGAGAACCUGGUCAGGAGGGAUAUGUAAAGAAUAUACUCGGAUUGUUCGAUGGAAGUCUCAAAAUGCCAUCCUAUCAAGAAUCAACGGAUGAUCGAUUGCUUUUCGUCGAGGAAACGUACACGAGUGGGACUUUCUGUGAUUUGGAGGAAUACAGGGAGCCACGGAUGACUUCUGUUCGGUACGAAUGUGACGCCCAACUGAGUACCAACGAGGUAUACAUCUCUUCAGUUGUCGAAGUGAAACCAUGUCAGUACUUGAUGAUUGUAAAAGUUGGAACCCUCUGCAGAUAUCCGGAAUUCUUGCCCGCAAGCCAGUCAAAUACCAAGAAAAUUGGAUGUCAACCAUUUUUGAGAAAAGAAGAUGUUCGACAAUUGUUAGAACGACAGCUUGAGGAGAAACAAAAGGCAGAAGAAUCACAAAGAGUAUUGACAGUGAAAAAGCGAAAAUUCCAACGAGCUGCUGAGAGAUUCAAUGCAAUGACCAAAUCACAGAGAAAUCUUCAUAUUCCUGACGUGGUGAAACGGAUUAACGCGGAAAUGGAUUAUCACGCAGCUCAUUUUAACCUUCUGGUUGCAGGAUUAGAACUCGAAGGAAAACCAAUCACACAAAAGAAGCGAGAUUAUAUGUGGAAAUUAUUCAGCACGGCAGAUAUCAGUGACUACAUUUUCUACUCUGAUUACGACACUGUAAACGACGAGAAUCGCGGUCAUCUAUGGUACUAUUUCCAUGAUCCAUCAUGGCCGAGAAAUCAAUUCCCAAAGGAUAUUAUGGCCACUGCGGUUCAAAAUGGAUAUCUCUCCGAGGUUCAGAAGAAUUUGAAGGGAACUCAGUACAGAUUUGGGGAUAAUGAUGAACUUGUGGAAGGCUUGACACACUUCUUAAAAACCGGCGAAAUCGACCUGCAAUCUAAUUUGGUAAUUCCUGCGAUGGAUAUUUACGAUGAAAUGGUUUUUAUUGGUGUACGUGAUCAACCAUACAAAUGGCUAUAUGAUCUCUACGAAUUCUAUCAUGAGGAACGUGAUUUGGUGGCUGGCAGUGGGCUUCGAGCUCAAGAUGUCAUUGAGGGAAUGCUCCACAAAAUUCUGAAGCCAAAAUAUAAAAGCUGGUUUCCUAUGGGCAAUUUGGCACGAAACUCCCUGGUAAUUCUGCUCGAUGAGGUUUGGGAGGAUAUCAUUGAAUUGAGCACAAAUGGUUUGGAAAGUGAGCUUCUGGAUAGCUCAUCACCGAAUUACAAGGCAAUUUAUGAUAUGGUUGAUAUUGGAAAUGCUUCUCCUGAACAAUUGAAGACGAAAAAUGGCAAAAACUUGAAAUUUACUGUUUCGGUGUCUGCACAACGGGAUUUGUACGAGAUUGAAGCCGAGUUUCAACAACUUUUGACGCCGAUCUACAAGCUUCUGAGUAUUCAAUGGUUCCAAUGUCGGCGGCCGAACUAUUUCCACGUCCAUCCACCAUCAGAAGAGCACUUGGAGCCAAGUGAUACAACAGAAGAUUUUAUAUUUCACAUGAAUCUUGCUCGAGAUAUGAGCCGAUUUGCUAGAUUGAUGACUGAAGUUUUCGUGGUGAAAAUUCAGGACUUUACCAAGUGGAGAAACGACAAACCAAUCGCUGAGCGAUUUGUGGAAGACUUCAUCGUAUGGCCAAUGCCUCCUCAUGCAACAACUGAUGCAAAUGAGAACGCCUUCAUCAAUCUUCACAAAGAUCUCGGACCUCAAUUGAUACUGGAAGUAAAAGAAAGAAUAUGGAAUAGUAAAGUUGAGAAAUACCGUACCGAAUAUUGGACAAAAGACUAUAAAAUGCGACGACAGGCACAAUCAAUGCAAGGAUUAAUGAAAGAUCUUCUUUCAAUGAAAGAUGAUAAAGAUGCUUUUGUUUCUGUUGGUUCUGCCACAUCAACUACAACUAAACAGGCAUCUUUCGAUGAACGGUUACUCAAAAUGAUGUCUGAAAGUGAUUUAGAUUCAUCUGAACUACUGGAAUCGCUGAAAAAUGCUGCAGGAGUGGAGGAAAAAGUAGAAUUUUUCGAUAUGGAAGACAUGAAUCAAGUACUCGAUAUGCUUGAUAAAGCCGGACUCAGUAAGAAAGCGGAAGUACAAAUCAAAAUGUUCGACGGAGACGGAAAUGAAAUUAAAAGUGAUGAACUUGAUUCAGUUACAAGAAAUUUGUUGGAUGUGGUUGAUGCAACAAAACGAUUCAAGGACGUCGAAAAAGCGUAUUCUACAAAAAUAUUCGACGAUUCUUCUGAAAAUUUGGAUGACGACGAAGAAAAUCGGGAUUAAUUUGGGUUGUCUAACACGGUGUUCUUCUAGUCCCGCCAAAUUUAUGAAUUGUAUUUGCGGCAUGGCCGAGCUUUCUCUUCCGCGGCUACGUUGCUAAUGUUUUUUUGCUAAAUGUACAGUGCUCCACAUAAUGAUACGGCCACCCCCAAAUUUUGGUAUAACUCAAAACUGGGUUGAGAUAGCAAAACAUAGUUUCUUGUGAAAAUGUUCGCUGUACUGGCUAACUUUCAGUUAAGUAUUGGAAAUAUACCUGAACCGUUUGUAAAAAAUAUAAACCAUUUUUUCAUGAAAAACCAUAUAAAAAAUCCACAAAAUGAUACGGCCACCCUUGGUUUUCGUUUUCUUUUUUCGUUUUCUUUGCAAUUUUUUUUGCUAAACGUUAAGUUUCAUGUUCGUUUGUGUUUUUACAGCUAUGGGUCGUGGAAUAACUUCAACUGACUACGAAAAAGGACAAAUUGUGCCAAAUUAUCUCAAGGCUUCUCGAAUCGUCAGAUUUUUCGUGAUUUGAAACUUUCGAGAGAUAUGAUCACUCGAUAUGCUUCCAAUCCUGCCGCUUAUUGCACAAAAAAGUCUUCUGGUCGCACACCUUUUCUUUCUGUCAGACCCAAAAAAAAAACCGUUCGUCGAGCAUCCAAUUGAACAGUGACUUGCUCGAAAAGUAGGAGCGAGAUGAACCUGGCAGUGUCUGUUGAGGCCGUACGACAUGUUCUUUUGAAGUCUCAGUUUAACAAAAGACGAAAAUUAAGAAAGGCUCCAUUCAUUACCAAAAAACCGCCAAAACCGUAUUCAGUUUGCUAAAAUCAGUCAGGGAACUAACUGAAGACAAGUGAGGAUUACGGUAUAAUCAUUCAAGCCCAGUUUUUGGUUUCAGUUCAUCUUUUCUUUUCUCAAAUCGUGCCACUAAUCACGGUAGUAAUCUGGUUCAUUACAGUUAAACUUUUUCUCGUCACUGAAGAUGAACUGAAACCAAAAACUGGGCUUGAAUGAUUAUACCGU